AUGCCAUUUGGGAUCUUUACUGGUGUGAAUAAUUUUGGCCAAAGCAUAUGCUUUGCUGGUGCCUUAAUGUGUCAAGAAACUAUUGAUUGUUUUGCAUGGAUAUUUAAAUCAUUUCUUAAGAUGAUUAAUAAUCACUUACCAAAAGCAAUACUUACUGAUACAAUUUCUAAUGCUAUACAAAUUACUUUUGACCAUAAUACUAAACAUGUAUUAUCUUUUUAUAAAUGCAUAAAAGAAUAUGAUAUUGAAAAUUUUAUAGUUAAAUGGGAAGAGUUUAAAAUAAAUUUUCUGAAUGCUAAAGCAUACUUAGAUAGAAUAGAUAAAGUCAAGGAAAAAUGGAUACCUUGUUUUAAUAGAGAUACAUUCUUAGCAGAUAUGACAAGUACACAACAUGAAGAGUCUAUAGAAGCCUUUGAAUCUGUAUUAGAGUAG